AGGUGCCUCUGCGUUACCGCCACGGAGGACGUGACGGUUUAUAAACCAGAGUGCGAGAAAGCAGAAACUAUGUCAAAGCAGCCGCAGCCAAUAAGCCCGGCGAAGAACUUCUUCGCAGGAGGCUUUGGAGGCGUUUGCCUGGUCUUCGCCGGCCAUCCGCUCGAUACUAUAAAGGUGCGUUUGCAGACGCAGGCCAAACCCAAACCUGGAGAGACUCCCCUCUACGCAGGCACGAUUGAUUGUUUUAAAAGGACCCUUGCUAAAGAGGUGAAAUAUGCUGGGCCCAUAGAUUGUGUCAAGCAACUGUACAGAGAGAGCGGGAUCCGGGGAAUCUACAGAGGCACCGGGCUGACUCUCAUGAGAGAUGUGCCAGCAAGUGGGAUGUAUUUCAUGACAUAUGAAUGGUUGAAGAAUCUACUCACACCAGCAGGAAAGAGGUGAAUUAGUGUGGAGGUACCGGAUGGUUUGAAAGAGCUGCUGCAAGGCUUCACUGUGGAGGUCCUGCGCCGCAGGCCCGAGAACUUGGUUGAAUAUGCGGUGCAGCAUUUUACCCAUAUUCAGGAGAGCGAGGCGAUUAGCCAACAUACCACAAAACAUAAAGGUUCGCGAAAAGGGUUGACGUUUGACGCCAAGUCGGAUAAAUCCAAAAGGGAAGAGGAGGAGGAGGAGGAAGAUGGCAUCACCCGACCCACUAACAGCAAAUAUAACCGUAGAGUGUCAGUAUGUGCAGAGGCUUACAACCCAGAUGAGGAUGAGGACGAUGACACAGAGCCUCGUGUGGUACAUCCCAAAACAGAUGUGCAGCGCUGCAGACUUCAGGAUGCAUGCAGAGACAUCUUACUGUUUAAAACCCUGGAACAGGAGCAGUUUUCUGAGGUACUGGAUGCCAUGUUUGAGGUGCUGGUCAAACCACAGGAGCACAUCAUAGAUCAAGGAGAUGAUGGAGACAACUUCUACGUCAUAGAGAGGGGUUUGUAUGACAUUGUAGUGCAGAAGGAUGGAGUGAGUCGAUGUGUGGGGAAGUAUGACAGCAAAGGUAGUUUUGGCGAGCUGGCCCUCAUGUACAACACCCCACGAGCUGCCACCAUCAUUGCAACGCAGGAGGGUGCCCUGUGGGGCCUGGAUCGGGCCACCUUUCACAGACUGAUAGUGAAAAACAACGCGAAGAAGAGACGCGUGUAUGAGGCUUUUAUUGGAAGUGUCCCACUUCUGAAGUCCCUCGAGCUGUCGGAGAGGAUGAGGAUUGCGGAUGUAUUGGGAGCAAGAGUGUACAGAGAUGGGGAGCGUUUGAUAACACAGGGGGAUAAGGCCGACUGUUUUUACAUCGUGGAGUCUGGAGAGGUGAAGAUCAUGAUAAAAAGCAAAUUUGUGUCUUCCACAAAGGCCAACCAGCAUGAUGACGAGGUGGAGCUAACCCGCUGCACCAGGGGCCAGUAUUUUGGAGAGCUGGCUCUCGUCACCAACAAAGCGCGGGCUGCAUCCGUCUAUGCUGUUGGAGAAACUAAAUGCUUGGUCAUAGACAUUCAAGCCUUUGAGCGUCUGCUGGGCCCCUGCAAGGAGAUCAUGAAGAGGAACAUCACCCAAUACGAAGAUCAGCUGGUGGCGCUAUUUGGCUCUAGUGUAGAUUUGAAACACUAGGAAAGUGAAUUG